AUGGAGGAAAAAUUUUGCGAGGAAUACAUCGCCGUAGUCGCCUCCCUAUUGGUGCCACUCCACUCUUGCAUGACGCUUGUGACAAUACUCUCCAUACGCCGGGCCUACGUACUGACUGAGCUAUCGCUCGGCCUUACCUGGGCUAAUACAACAUCUUCGACCAUCCGGGGGAAGCAGCCGAAAGAUAAGGAGACCCAGGAGAAGAAAGAAAUCCAUGGGACGACCACGCCGAAGACCAUGGCUCUA